AUGCACGCUCCAUUACAUCAGCCCGUUACCGAGACGACAUACUCGCCCCCGGCAGCCCAACUAUCCAGAGUCAGCCUGAACGAGAAGGCCGAGAGCCCAUACUCCAGUCCCCCACCCCCGCCAACAUACUCUUCCGCUCCUCCCGUCCUGUCUCUUGCUUCUGCUCUCUAUGCCUAUACUCCAACUGAUGCCGGAGACUUGGCACUGCAGCCUAAUGACCGAAUUCAGGUUCUCGAGCAUAUGAAUAACGACUGGUGGCGUGGCAGAAACGAGAGAACCCAUCUUGAGGGUAUCUUCCCGCGAACAUACGUCAGCGUAAUAGAGGAGAAACCCAUCAUCCAUUCUCCUCAGCCCAUCAGCUACAACAACAUGCCCCUUGAGAUAUCACAGUCCGGCUCAUCAUCCCACGGAAAGGUGCCUAGCAAGUUCGAAGAGAACGGCAAGAAAUUCGGCAAGAAAAUGGGCAAUGCCGCUAUUUUUGGCGCCGGCGCCACCAUCGGUUCAAACAUCGUGAACGGUAUCUUCUAA